AUGCAGCGCUAUAAUUGGCUAGCUAGUAGACACUUAGCUGCCAGGUUUUACGCGACUCCAAGAGGUGUUAAAGUGCCGUUGUCCGCUAAAAUCAAUGCUUUGAUAUCAAAGACAUCGGCCGAGCAGAUCUACAGCUACAAGCCGACACUGUUUGUAAAAGUAGGAUCGUGGACGUUGGCCGGUGUUUUUGCGGUAUACGGAGUCUCUUUUGCAGACUGGUCUCUUUCAAGCUCUUUGGAUCUGUACGAGCAGGAAGCGGAACAGUCCACACUGUCGGAGGCCUGGUGGAAACACCCUAAAUUACUGCUGGUCGCAAGAACUGCUGGAUCUGUACUGCUUUCAAUCAUACCUUUCACAUUAUCGGCUCUAGCAAUCUACGCUCCGUCGAGAAUAGUCACGGGCGUCACAUACAUGCCGCAUGGUGCUUUCCAGCUUACUCGAAGAGCACUGGUUUCUGGCAGACCUGUGACUAGGACUGCGGUUUUUGGUGCCAUAGUUCGUAAUGAAAAGACCAGAGUCUACACAGGGGUAGGCUCCCAGGGAACUGAGGACAGAGCCUCGUUUGCCUUCUUACUAACAGACACCGACAAACCAACGUGGGAUCGCUUCUACAUUGUCAAUCGCUCGGGUAAGUUUUGGGCGCAGGACGGAAGAAUCUUCGAUGUUCUGUUCGGAGGCGACUCUGCGGAAAGCUUAGAACGGUCGCCAGAGUCUGCUUCUGUGACAACCGCCAAGGAUCCUAACCUGCUACAGAAUCUUAUAAAAGAACAACAAAUACGAACUAAAUUCAAUAACCGGCCCGCGGAUGCCAGGAACAUUGUUUUGAAGCGAAGAUCAAACUGA